AUGAGCAUCUUCCUCUUACCUCAGAGUGCCCUAAAGGAGAUUGAUCAUCUUUGCAGAUUAUUUCUUUGGGGAGGUAAAGGAAAUAGGAGUAAGUUUCAUCUUACAUCUUGGGAGCUAGUUUGCUGCCCAAAGAGUCAUGGUGGGUUAGGUUUCAAGGAGGGGCCUCUUUGGAAUAGAUUGUUGUUAUCUAAAUUCAUUUGGGCUAUCUCUUCUAAACAGGAUUUGCUCUGGGUUAAAUGGGUUAACUGUAUUUACUUGAAGGGGACUCAGAUUUGGGAUUACAAGUUGCAUCCGGAUGCCAGUUGGUAUUGGAAAAAAUUGAUCAAGAUUAGCAAAGAUCUCUCUUUUUCUUUGCUGGUUUCUGCAUCAGCUAAUGGAAAUCUGGUUUUGUCUAGACUGUAUCAACUGUUUUUGUCUAGCAGCCCAAAGCCUAUCAUGAAAUCAGUUUGGUGUUCUAUUUCAGUGCCUAAUCAUAAGUUCAUUCUUUGGCAAGCUGUUCUUCAAAAGUUGGCAACCAGGGAUCUGUUAAGCAACUGUCAUAUUUCUCUUCCCUCCUUGUUGUGCCCGAUCUGUGAUCUAUUGCCUGAAAAUCACUCUCAUUUAUUUUUUGAGUGUGUUUUUUCUAGGAGAGUAGUGCAGUCUGUUUUUGAUUGGUUGCAAGGACUUUGUUGGCCUUCUAACUUUUCAGAUUGGUGCAUUUGGCUGGAGGCAGACAGGAAGAACUUCAAAGACCGGAUCACUCUAGUAGCACUAGCAGCUUCAGUUUAUUACAUAUGGUAUACUCGGAACAGAUGCCAUUUUGACAGUAGUUGUCUUAUGGUUUCUUCUGUAACCAGUUUGAUUAAAUCCUCUGUCUCAGCUAGAAUACUUGGCUUAAAGCUUAGAUCUAAGUCUAUGGCUUCUAGAGCAAAUCAAAUGACUCAAUUUUUGCCUAAUUUGUAUUGA